UUACACAAAUUAUUCUCUUCUAACGUGGUAUCGAGGAGGCUAGGUUAAUAUUUUUUCCUCCCACAAUUUUUUUUUCUCGGCGCUCCUCCUCUUUCCGGCAACCUUCUCUCCUGCUGCACUGCAGCCUUCUCUCGUGGCAGCCUUUUCUCCUGCAAACAGCAGCCACCAUAACCGGCUGCCCUCCUCCACGGCAAUCACUGUCGCCGGCUAUCCCCUCGUGCCUACUGCCACCACAAGGACCCGCCUGCUCCCACGAGCACAGAUCGACUGUCCUCCUCUCUCUCCGGCCACUGCAUCAGCCGGAAUCCCUUCCUGCAGCCACGGUUAUCAGUUUUCUUCUCCGCCUCGAUUUGGCCUUCUCCGGCAUUGUCUCGACAAACGGAAACCACCGCGGUACUCAGCCGAGCUAGGCGCCCCUAUCUCCUCCAAGUGCCGGUCAAUACAGUCGCCGGAAAUCUAUGACCCGCGCCUGCCCAGGUGAAAUCAUGCACACCCAAGCUAUUGAGAGGUUCAACCCAUGGGAACGGGAGCGGGAUCCAAAUCGCACCUAUUACUCUCCUGACGAGUACUACUAUAUGUCAAACUUUAGUCGGAAGCGCCCAAAGUUUAGAUCCAACCCCGAGAAUUUGUACCUGGAUAUUGAGACCAAGAGAGUUGCUUUGAAAGUUUCUCCAUCAGUCGUUAGUCUUGUAUCUUACUCAGGUGAGGAGGAGAUAUUUCAAGGUUCUGGGACUAUCAUUGAAAGUGAUGAUAACAGUGGUGUCAUAUUAACUUCUGCCAAUCUCAUUAGGAGUACUACGGAUCAACAUGCCAUAGCAGACGAUAUCAAGGUGGUUGUCUACCUAUUAGAUGGCAAAUUAUAUCGAGGUCAAGUUGUCGCUCAUGAUCUUCAUUUCAAUAUUGCUGCUAUAAAGAUUCAAUCAGAUUCUCUGCUACCAACUGCAAACUUGAGACAUUUGGAUGAUUCUGUCACGAUUAGUCCAAGCCAGCUUCACAUCCCUGAGGAGAAGUCAUUUCAGCUUCAUGCACAUUCAAGUUCAUUUAAUCUUAUUCCUGGGGACACUGUAAUUGCAUUGGGCCGCUAUUCUAUUAGUCCACAUGACCUUAUGGCUGCUCCUGGUAAAUUCAGUCUUGACGUUUGUGGAUAUGAUUGCAGAGAGCUUUUCAGGGUCACUUGCAGGAUCACAAGGAGUGGUGAUGGGGGGCCACUUGUCAAUCGGCAUGGAGAAGUCAUUGGAUUCAAUUUUUACGAUCUGUUUUUGACUCCUUUUAUGCCAAUUAACAUAGCUUUCAAGUGGUGGGAGCAUUACAAGAAAUAUGGGUAUUCAACAAGUAAUGAUGUAAUGGAUGUGUUUUGGAAUAGGGAACUUCGUCGACCUUGGAUUGGAAUGGAAAUGACUAACCUUUAUGCUGCUAGUCUUCAUAUUCUGGAUAAGGUUAUCCAAAAGUUCCCUAGGAUUGGCAAAGGCGUAAUUGUCGAGGAGGUUAUACCAGGGUCAUCUGCGGAGACGGCUGGGAUAUGCCCCAACGAUGUUAUCAUUGAGUGUGAUGGAAAAUCUGUUCAGAGUUUUCUGGAGUUGUUUGAGAUGAUGUGGGACAAGGUUGGGGGUUCUGUUGAGUUGGUCGUGAUACGAGGGAUUGAGGGUGAUCCUUUACAUCUAACUAUGGUGGUUGUUGAGGCUACACCUGAUGAAUUCUACAGGUGGCCACGAUGGUAGUGGGGAUGGUUGAUAAAGUUGGAGCAGUGGAUGCUGAGUAAAUAUUUAAUUGUUUAAUCUCUUUUAAGUGGCUAUAGGAGGGAGGAUACUAACAUAUAUAUGUUUUUAAGAGUUGAACAUAUUUGAAUGCUUGUUAUAUCAAGGAUUUUGUUUUAAGUUUCAGUAGGACACUCGUUAAGGUUUUAUUUAUACCGACUGACUGACCUUGUUAUUUGCCAAAAAAAUGUCGAUUAAUAUCAUACUUGGCAACACAGUGUCCGGAAACAAUUUGUACUUGUGAAUGAUUCAUUCUUAAUGAGUGCCUAUUGCUCCUAGUAUUAUAACAUUGUCAGCAGCAAACGUAUUAAUGAAAUGAAA